GAAAAUUCAUCCUUGAAAUAAUUUCCGGUCAUGCGUCGUUGUCGAGUUAGGUCGCAGCACAGGCGCCCCUCGCCCUCCCCGCUCCGUUUCUUCGUCGCGGAGUGUCUUUUAUCACCGUAAAAUUAAAUUUUGUGAAAUGGCAGCAAGAAUUAUCAGAAAAAUCGUCCCAGCGGGGCGAGCCGGUGCAGCUCAGUAUAGUACGGGGGUGCGAAAGGUGACACUCAUUCCCGGCCAUGGAAUCGGUCCAGAGAUCACUGUGGCUGUCCAGAAAAUAUUCGAAGCUGCCAAAGUGCCCAUAGAAUGGGAUGAAGUUGAUGUUACAGCUGUUAGAGGCCCAGACGGCAAGUUCGGUAUUCCACAAAAAGCGAUUGACUCAGUCAAUGCAAACAAGAUUGGUCUCAAAGGUCCCCUCAUGACUCCCGUUGGAAAAGGUUACCGUUCACUCAACUUGGCUUUACGUAAAGAGUUUGACUUGUAUGCCAAUGUCAGGCCUUGCAAGAGUUUAGAAGGCAUCAAGACACUAUACGACAACGUGGACGUAGUAACAAUUCGUGAGAACACAGAGGGAGAAUACUCUGGCAUCGAGCAUGAGAUCGUGGAUGGCGUGGUGCAGAGUAUAAAGCUGAUCACGGAAGAGGCCAGCAAGCGCGUCGCGGAAUUCGCAUUCCAGUUCGCGCAGGAUAACAAGAGGAAGAAGGUCACUGCUGUACACAAGGCCAAUAUUAUGCGUAUGUCAGACGGUCUGUUCCUGCGGUGCUGUCGAGACCUGGCCACCAAGUACCCCGGCGUGACCUUCGAGGAGCGCUACCUGGAUACCGUCUGCCUCAACAUGGUACAAGACCCUAGCAAAUUCGAUGUGCUGGUGAUGCCCAACUUAUACGGUGACAUUAUGUCGGACAUGUGCUCCGGUCUGAUCGGAGGGCUGGGCCUCACGCCCUCAGGGAACAUCGGCAAGAACGGCGCCCUCUUCGAGUCUGUCCACGGCACAGCACCAGCUAUCGCCGGCCAGGACAAGGCCAACCCCACGGCCCUGCUCCUCUCCGGAGUCAUGAUGCUACGGUACUUGCGUCUCCUUGAGCAUGCGGACAGGAUCGAGAGCGCUUGCUUCGCUGUCCUCAAGGAGGGACGAGUGUUGACUGAGGACUUGGGAGGGAAGAGUUCUUGUACGGAGUACACCAAUGAAAUAAUUAAACAUAUGAAUAAUUAGAGUUCGAAUAUCGUCGCUGCUUGGUUCUUGAUUUUGCUCAUUGGAUAUCGGAAGAAUUUUUUUUAUAAGAGCCAUUCUUUUCGAAGUCCUCUAGCUUCUAUCAUAGACUAUGGUCAUUUUUCACAAAAGUUAUGAGUGGUGAAAAUUCUGUCAUAAAAUUUCGGAAAAACGUGUGUGGCGAAAAAUGGCUGAGCAUUUUCAAAGGUUAGUAUUGAUAAAUAGACAACGCAAACUUCAGUGAUGGGGUUUU